CAAAUGAAUAACUUUAUCGACUGUAAGCACACAUUUGUCGCGUUAUUUUGUUAUCCUAACAAUUUUACUGUUAGCCAAAAGCCUCAAAAGCUACAUAUCUCAAAACGACCAGCCUAGUCUUAAUGACUGGCUUAACAAUCAUUAUGCUCAGUUAAUUCAACACGACUGUCCAACCAUCGAAAGCUUGAAAUCACUUAUCUUGAAUAUCUGUCACAAGUGUGCUGAAGACAAAGAAGUCAACACUGAGUUAAACGAUGAUUUGCUAAAUAAUCUUUUCUUAAUCAACAAAGAUACCUCAGCAUCCCAGCGUCAAGCUAUACUCAUGUGGUGGUAUAGCUUGUCCGAACAAAAAGACGUUGACGUUGUUUGGGCAAAAGCCAAACGUGAUGUAGAGAACAUUCAAAGAAUGAAGACGACCAACCCUCGCUGUUUGCUUGACAAGAUGGCUGUCAAGUUGUUAAACAACUUUUCAAACUUGUCAAAAGACGAAAUUUUUGUGUUGAAGCUGGCUUUGAGUCAUAUCGUUGACUUCUUGGACGAAGAUUUGCUCGAUAUCUACAAGAAGAACAUUGACCCUUUCUUUUGGAAAGUGGUGGUUUGCGAAGUUCAAACCUUGAGAGAAGAUGGCGAUGAUGCUGCUGCUGCUGAAGAAGAAAGACUUGUUAGAGAUUUUUUCGAGCAAGUAGUAAAAAAAGUCAAGGAAGGAAUUGAAGAGGCCCAGAUUUUUGUUGCUGAAAAAAAAAUCCGCUUGCUGAAAGAAAAGAAAGGUAGCACUUUCGAGUUUGAUUUGGUGCUUGCUGCUGAAUAUAUUGUCAGCAAUAUUGAAGAGUGGAGAAAGAAAGACAAAAAGACUGAAGCUGAAGUAGUUUCUCGCUUGAGUGAUGUAUUGAAGGCAUUGUUCAGAAACACGAAGCUUAACCUUAUUAUUGGAGAAACAUGUGCUGAGUGUACCAAGACAACAAGGAAAUCAAGCGAAGCAAGCUUCUCUGGUGGCUCCUCUUCUUCAUAUUGUAGAAGUGAGAGCUCAGGUUCCUCAAACGCAAGCAAAAAUGUCUUUGGGAGGAAAGUCGGCCUGACUAUAAGAGGAGAAGAAAACGUUAAGCUGGCCUUAUGCGAAUUCAAGGCUGGUAGAGAUUUUUCACUGCUAAAGAAGCAAGAAGGCAAGAAUCUCCGCCUGAACCAAUGCGUCUUAGAAGACUUGAAAGACAGCAACUUGUCUUCUAAGAUUGUUGCUUUCAAUUGGGGUGGUAAAGUAUACGCUCAAUGCGCUUUUAUCAACUUUUGAGAUUCUAAAACCCUAAAAAUAGGCAAUCUUGGUGAGAUGUUCUUCUUGGUGGAAGAAAAUAGCAUUUAUAAAGCUUGUAGUCUUAACAAGCAACUCAUCCUACCUAAUGAUGUUCGCUUGUUAAACCAAGUAUUUGUUGAAACGAUGGUUUCUUUCUGUGCUUGGAGAAGGCACCUUAUGAAGUUGAACGAAGAAGCCUUUGUUGCUAAGAACAUGAAUGGCAACAAAAAUAGAAAACGAAAGUCGUAUUCAACUUGCCUUUCACCAAAAUGGGAGGUAAAUAAAAAAUAAACUUUCUUUUGUAUAAAUAUUAAGCAUGUUGAUAAAAUAAAAUAUUAAAUUCAAG